CAUUUAUAUGCAUAUAUAAGAACAAGUUUGUUCAUUCUUCUAAAUACUUGAACUUGAAAUUCAUAACGCGCGUUAUGGCUUUAAUAUUAAAAACUGUUUUGUUACUUUUAUUUCAUUUAGUAUACGGUCAAAACAUACAGGAUAUUGAAAUUAUUUUAUUACCAUUAUGGAAUGCAGAAGAUAGAUCAGAGGUACCUUUAAAUUUCAAAGCUUUUGAUCAUUCGAUUGAAUUAACAUUACAUAAAAACGAUAAAAUUAUAGCACCUCAAUUUCAAGUUUGGAAGCAUAGUGAUGCAGAUACUCUGGAAGAAUUACCGGAACUUAAUAAACCAAUAUUGUGUCAUUAUCUUCAUAAAGAUAAUCUUAGUUCGGCUGCAAUAAGUCUUUGCGGAGAACAUGGAAUGUAUGGUCUAGUUUUUCUGAAGAAUAUUACAUUAGAAAUCAUGCCUCUUCAAAGUCAGAAAAUCUCAUUUUUCGAUAAUAUUAAACGUUCAGAAACGUUGAAAGAGCCUCAUAUCGUCAAAAGAACUUACGGUCCUUUUACGUUUUUCGAAGAUGAACUGAAAUAUUACAUUCCGGUUUACAAUCACUUAAGGAAAGAAGAAGGAAAUCAGAACGGAGAACCACUUGAAAAUAUCAACAAAAAUAACAUGAAUGAUGUUUUAACGUUGGAAUUAGCACUGUUCUUUGACGAGACUGGUUAUAAUCUUUUUUCACCUUUUUUUGAUAGAAACGAUGAGAAAAUUCUUGAUAUGUUACUAGCUUAUAUAAAUGGAAUACAAGCGGUUUAUCACCAUCCAAGUUUAGGAAUUGCAAUCGAUAUUUCUCUUGUUAGACUCGAAAUUAUGCAAAAACAGCCUGAAGAUUUACCGCAUCAUGAUGGGGAACGAGGAAAAUUAUUGGAUUCUUUUUGCAAUUAUGCUAAAAAGAAUAAUCCCGCGAAUGAAUUUAAUCCUAAUCAUUGGGAUAUGGGAUUAUAUGUUUCUGGUUUGGAUUUUUAUGUUAUGGAAGAUGGACAAAAAAAUAGUGCUACUAUGGGAUUAGCUAUUGUAAAUGGAUUAUGUAUCGAACAAUAUUCUUGUGUUAUUGCUGAAUUAGGCGUAACAAAUCAAUUUGGAAAGCCUUUUCCAUCAGCUGGUUUCACAUCUAUUUAUGUAGCUGCGCAUGAAAUGGGACAUAAUUUAGGAAUGCAUCACGAUUCAACAGGAAACACAUGCCCAAAAGAUGGCUACAUAAUGUCUCCUAGCAGAGGUAUUUAUGGAGAGACUAUUUGGUCAGAAUGUAGCCGGGAAGUAGCACAAAAGCUUCCAUAUACAAAAUCUUGCCUCAAAGAUAAAUCAAUUCAUUCUUCAAUGAAUAAUCGACUAGAUCAUACAAGGUUCUUUAAUCUCCCAGGAAGAGAAUGGACCGCUAAAAAACAAUGUGAAAUGUUUCUCCGAGACAAGGAUGCCAUGGUGGCCACAUUCUAUAAAGUUUGUGAAUCUUUGCAAUGUAAAACUCCUCAUAGAAACGGUUAUUUCUUCGCUGGACCAGCUCUAGAUGGAACUUAUUGCGCACCAGGGAAAGAAUGUCGCAGUGGUGAAUGUAAAAACGUCUUACAAAUUUAUCCCGGUUUGAAUAAACCUUCUAUUGAACCAGGUGGAUGGAGUGAGUGGAAAACAGGACCUUGCAAAAGUGGAUGUCUAUUGAAGUCUACCGGUGCUCAAAUAAGAGAACGAUUUUGCAACACAUCAAUACCAAAAAACACAGAAAUUGAUUGCCAGGGAUUACAUUUCGAUAUUAUCCUUUGUAGAGAUGAAAAUCUAUGCAAUAAAAAACGUAAAAACAUAAAUGAGUUUGCGACACUAAAAUGUGGAGAAUUCAGUGAAAGAUUGCCAGAAUUAGACGCCAAAAGUGGUGGAUUGCAGGCACUGCACGAGCCCGAAAGACCAUGGAUGGCCUGUGCUAUAUUCUGUCGACGAAAAGACAUAGCAUCUUAUUACACACCGCGUGUGGAAUUAAAUGACCUUGGCCUUGACCCAUACUUUCCAGAUGGUACAUGGUGUCAUACUGAAGAGGGACAAAAUUAUUUUUGUCGUCAGCAUCACUGUCUUCCUGAGAAUUUUCAUUUUGAAAAAACGCUACUGAAUGAUCGUCAAAACAACGAUGCAGAAUUUAGUCCUCAAAAUGCGCUUGCAAAAGAAAUUCAUUUUAAUGAUCAAAUAAUCAAAUAUUUGAGUUUGGGGCCUGAUGGAUUACCCCUCUUGACUUCUCUUCCAUAUAAUAUUAGAUUUCCACAAGAUGAGAAUGAAUGGAUCGAUAAAGAUUACAUAGAAUUGAUUAAACCAACAGAGGAAACAUUUUUCAAAUUAUCAUAUAAAAAAGGAAUUAAAAAAAGAAUAUAAAUGACUUUCUUGUUUAUAAUAAAAUUUCAUGAUUUUUAUUUUUUUUAAUAUCAAUGAUUACUUAUUAUUAGAUACUUAUUAAAAAUUUUAUUAUUGAUCUCAAUUUUUUAUUUCAUUUUGAUAAGUUUUAAGUUAAGUACUUUUCUAUCACAUGGAUUUUUAACUAUAAUUGAUAAGAUCAUAAUAUGAAAUCAUAUGUUUAAGAUAAACAAUUAUUACAAAAAUUCAGAUUAUUAAAUAUAUCAAAUAUAUAUUUCUCUUUUUUUUUUCUUAUUAUAAUUUUCUCAUUAUUGUUCAAUCAUUUCUUUUUUCUUAUACGUGCAGUAUAAAUAUAAAUAUAUCAAUAUACCAGAAAAUUGUAUAUAUAUCUACUGCUUCACUACACGGUUGUGUGAAAGUAUCUCUGGGAGAUAGGAUAAUGACGUCACUUUGCUGUCUAUUUUAAGAAUGUCUCGAUGUUAUAUCCACUAUAGGAGCGAUCAUGAGACAAGGAAUGAAUAAAAAUACAGAAUUGUGUCACUUAA